AUGAAAUCAUUACUCGUUCUCUUAUACAGCGCGACACUGCUACUUGGAAUAACCAACGCGACCCAAUUCCAAAACUUCUACCCAUUCUAUCGGACAACCUUGACGACUGAGAGGCCUGACUGCCACGCAUACUACGAUGCCUCGAUCGAAGCCCACAAUACAUCCGAUCCAAAUACCUGCAAGCACAUGGUCAACUGCUUACUCGAAGGCGGUGGCGAGGUGAAUAAAGCCGACUGGUCAUCUGCAACAGUGCUACUCGGCUUGACACCAUCUAUACUGGGAAUGGUGGCACCUACGAUUGAGGAACGCCUGCAGCUGCUCAGAGAAAGGCCUAUACUGGGGUUUUUGAGCAUCCUUGCCGCCCCGUCGCUUACGUUCUCGAGACCCUGGAUAAAGCCAGACAAUCCCAACGAAAAUAAGAUUGACUGGAUUCGACAGUAUGCCUUUGGAAGAGGCCCCAAAGCAUAUUGGAUUGUAGUGCAAUAUCUCUCCGUGGCUCUUGCCACUGCGAACGUUAUUGAAAACGCAAUCAGACUUGGGAAUCAGACAAUCAUUAGCUGGAAAUGCAACAUGUCAUACCUUGAGCUUGCAUGGGUUUUGCUAGCACCCGUACCCAUUCUCAUUGCGUUGAUACGGUACAUUGGACCUCUCUCAAAAAAGCCCAAAGAAGACGAGGCGACAGAAAUCAGGCAGGGUUCGACAACGACGGAGGGAUCGACAACGACAGAGAAGUCGAAAACGCCCACAGUGGACUUUUGGGAAGGGCUCCUUGAUUCGGUUGCGAACAUUCACGGCCUUGUCCAUGUUGUGUUUGGGACGAUAGUGCUUUCCUCAGUCCAAUUCAUCGGCACUUUGGAUGCACUAGGGGUUAUGGGCCGUUUCGCAGCAUCCGCACUCAUUGUCCAAUUUGUUACAAUGACUCAGCUCUAUGGCAAGCCCGAUGAUUUGGCGAAGCUGGAGCGCUCCGAGCGGCUCAAACAGAAGCGCGAUCUUGAAACCCAAGCUCCCGUGAAGGAAGAUAGGACGAAUUUUAAAGAGAGGGUAUACGAAAUGGUCGAACGGUUUGAUAGGACGAGUUUUAAAGAGAGGGUAUACGGAAUGGAUGGCAAUGGUCUUGACAAAGGAGCACAAGUAGAGUGA